UGGACGGAACAAGAAAACAAAGAGCGGUACCUUGCAGCAAAAAUCCAAUCAACAUCAAAAUCAAGGUCCAAAAUCACAUCGAAUCGAAACAAUAACCACGGUGCCGUUUCGGUACUAUCUAUCCCCGAUACAACUCUUUUUUGCCUGCCAGCCAGGUACUGUACAAGUCCGGUCCACUUAACAACUAAUAUAGCACAGUCUUGUUCAUUAAGAAGAACGUUGUUCACAAUUCACAAUGCUCGUCCAGCUCUCGCCAUGGGAAACCGCUAGCACCUCCAUCCGCGUGCCAAAACGGCGAAGGAAACGGGUUGGCUCCAAGGGCAGCGACAAAGAGGGCGACCAAAAAGAGCCGCCAUCCUUUGCAUCGCACAUGAUCACCAUGGUUUCGAAACGGAGCCUGUCGAAGAUGAAGAUGCAUUCCCAAGAAUUUGCGGGCUGUCUGCCCCUGCUGGCCAUUACGGCCGGCCACCAGAUUACCGUCCUGGGCAAGAACCUCUCCACGGAGACGGAGGGAGAUUCCUACCGGGAGUUCACGAGCCUCCGCUACAGUAGUCGGCCAGGCGAUGCGGGGUCAUUUUUUGCGGGGCCCGAGAGCGACCUCCCGCGCAUACCGGCGAUUCCAGACACGAAGAACGAUCGGGUCUACGCCCUGCAGCAGGGAAACCAGCGACUCGCCUGCUGGGAUUCCUGGAAGACCGGCGGCCCGGACGAGGCCUCGGCCGUGAAGGUGCGGCUCGAGAACCCCGCAGUAUCCAUGUCCAUGCUUCCGAUGAACAAGGGCAUCGUUUAUGGGAGUUGCAAGAAUGGUGCCGUGUACGUGGCGAGGAUGGUAGGAGGAGCGCUUGCUGUGGAGUAUCUCCGGGGGAAGCACUCUAAAAACGGCAAACUCGUCGGCACUUUUGCAGAGAUCGACAUGGAGCAGGCAGUGAGGGGAAAAAAACGCAAGACAUCGGACGCCGACGGAAACUCGUCUGUGAGGUUUUACCAGGUCUUUUGCGAAGGCACGACGAUUACGAUCGUGAGGAACAGCGCCAUGCUAUCGGCAUCUGGCUCGCAUUCAAAUCCGGACAAGCCACUGAUUCAAACCGGGAGUUUGGUGCAGAACGCGGCGUUCGUGGACCUUCUGGGCGAGGCACCGGCGAACGAUCGUGACAACUAUGAACUGACCAGGUUGGAGCUCCUUGUCUCUUCCUCCGGUUCGGCACCGAAGAUCUCAGUCGUCUUUACGGUGACGGCAACCCAUAGCAAAACGAAAACCAACGGUUACAGUCGGAGGGAAUCCGCGAAGGAUCCAUUCUGUGGAACUUUUUGCAUGGCGAUCUCCCUAGCCACAGGUGAUGUUUCGACCAGUCCCCUGCGGCUUCCUCCAGGGUCCAACCAAUUCGGGCUGUUCACCGAAUCUGUGCUAUCGGCCGCCUCGGACGAAAUGAUCUGCCUAUACGACUUGGAAACCAGUGCAUUCCUACAAUCCGUGUCCCUCGAAAAACCUCUCUCCGACAUGGACAAGGGCGGGAACUGGAUACUAGGCACGAACGCAAAACACGGAACCCUCUGCGUGUUUUACCCGAGGGACGGCCUCCUGCGCGUCGCUUUGUCGACCGUUUCUGGUCUCGGUUCGAGCAGUGAGAGACUACGGUCAUCUUCCAAGCUGGCAUGCUCACUGCUGGCGAACACGACAGGAGCUCUCGAACUGAUGGGAAAUGCCACCGAUGAAACCCAAUACAAACAAGGCUUGCUGGCGCUGACGCGCCUGGACGAGGCGGUUGCAAGGGCGCUUGCGACACUGGAUGAAAUCCGGAGGACUCUCGUCUCCCAAGGCGACAAUGCCAAGUCUUCAAAUAAGCCAUCCUUCCGGGAAGCCUUUUAUGUCGCUCUAUCGAACCUGACGAAAGAUACGGAGGGAAGCGCUUCCACGGGUGGAUACCCCCAUUAUCAUUGCAAUGGGGAAACACCCACAAAAAAGAUGAAAAAUGGGAAAUUGAAUGGCGCCGUCCAUGCUUCUCUAGCCGCGAAAGGUGGAAAGAUCCCACCUUGUACUCCCCAAUCGUUCAUCGAUGGGGCAGUGCAAAUCGUUCUGUCGACGAUAAUAAUAGGAAAAGAAGAUAGGAAUGGCAGCAACUCUUCUUCCUUCGAUGAACUUGGAUUGGAUGCUCGCUUCGUUCUGAAGGACUUGCUUCGAUCGGGUAGGGUUUCAGCUAGAUUGCACUUUGAAGGCUUGUACGCUCUCCAAGAGACCGGAAAGAAACAUCCCCUCGCCAUUGCCCUGGGCUGCAUGGAAUAUCCAGCUGCCGGGAAUCCGUUGUCUCCGCUGCAAAUAAUCAUUGAGAUGAUCCUCAAUUGUACCGAUCUCUCGGAGCGACAACUCGUGGUAAUGCUGGACUACAUGAUGCGCCAUGCUAAAGCCAGAGAUAUUGUUAAAAUUGUCCGAGAAAAGCACACCCACAUGGUGUCGAAAGACCUUGCUGCGCUCACGAAUGGAGACGAGAAGACUACUGUUCUUGCAGGGGUCCGGGUGGUGCUGGAAAUGAUUGUGGGGUAUUCCGAAUGCAACGAGGCUAUGCUUCGAGCGGCUCUCGUCGAAGAACUGAGCUCGUCGGUAGAGGCAGUGCUCCUGGCCCGCUUGCUUCCGGGUUUGCUCCUCUCGAACCCUAACCGCAACAGCCCGCGUUACUUUAUUAGAUCGACCUGCCUUUGGAUUGCGGCCCUGAGCGAGAGCUUUCGAGACGAUCUCGGUUGGGCGAGGACGUCGUCCGGAGAGACUUAUCUAGCAUUUCUUCUGAACUCUGUCGCGGAUACUACCAAAAACUCGCAGGAGAUCAUGUCGUUAAAAGACAGCAUAGGGGUGGCCGAAAUGAUACAAAAGUACAAGAAGGUGAAAGCCAAAAAGGUAUCCAGCGAGGCUUUGCAGACCGAAGAGCUAGUGGGAUAUUCCAUCGAACGAAUCAUUUUCUAAGCAACGAAUGCGUUUCUCAACCAGAACUCGAUGGCACUUUCAUGCAACGCACGAACGUCUACAUAUUCGAUGCUACAAUUUUGUUUUUCAGAAUUGAAAAGCCCAGAAUUUGUUUUGUUUUCUUUUGUAACAAGCCUGUCCAACAGGGACUAUGCCUCUUAAAAGCAUCUGAAGACAAUAACGGAAAGAAGUGAUACUAUCUACCGACUGUAGUAAUACUCAAUAUAGCAAAGAUCUGGUU